AUGGCUUUGAACAGCACCGUCACGAACGCGCUCACGGACCUCUACGCUGGCACCGACUUUUCAUCAUUGUCCUACCUCGAACAGAAGUGGGUGUGGUGGUAUGUUACGAUAGGCAACCCUGUUGUUGCCACUGGCUUGAUGAGCUUUUUGCUCCAUGAAAUCGUCUACUUUGGACGAAGCAUACCUUGGAUCAUUAUUGACGCUAUGCCCUACUUCCGACAGUGGAAGUUGCAACCUACCAAAGUCCCAACGCCAGCAGAGCAAUGGGAAUGCACGAAACAGGUUCUUUUCUCACAUUUUACGAUUGAAUUGCCAUUGAUUUGGCUGUUCCACCCAACGGCAGAGGCACUUGGCAUGCAGACAUACCACGUCCCCUUCCCUACACUGAAGACCAUGGCGCCUCAAGUCUUCCUAUUCUUCUUCUUCGAGGAUUUCUUCCACUUCGUUGCUCACCAAGCACUGCACACCGGUGUUCUGUACAAACAUAUUCACAAAAUUCACCACAAAUACUCAGCACCAUUUGGUCUUGCCGCCGAGUACGCGCACCCCGCUGAAGUCUUCAUCUUGGGUACUGGCACUAUUCUUGGCCCCCUCAUGUAUUGCUACUUCACCGCAAACCUCCACAUCAUCACUGUAUACCUCUGGAUCGUGCUACGUCUCUUCCAGGCCAUUGAUGCUCACAGUGGAUACGACUUCCCAUGGUCAUUGCACAAUAUUAUUCCCUUCUGGUCAGGUGCCGAGCACCACGACUUCCACCAUAUGGCGUUCACGAAUAACUUCUCGACGUCGUUCCGGUGGUGGGACAGGAUCUUCGGCACUGACGACAAGUACAGGCAGUACCGUGCGCGCGUCAAGGCUCAGAAGAAGGCCAAUAAGAACGCGAGCAAGGAGCAGCUGCUUGCUAUGGAGCAGAAACUGAUGGCGGAGGUUGAGGCCGAGGGUAUCAUUGCGGAGAGAGAGGCAGAAGCGAGGGGUAUCCUUGGAGGCAAGGCCAAGACGCAGUGA